UGGCCUCCCAGCGGCAGGUGUCGGACAACCCUGUGCAGCUCUGCCCCGCGUCUCCUGUGUCCCCCGCGGAGCCCACGGCCAUGUCAGCCCCGGUGGCCAGAGUAGCCCGGCGGCGGGCGGCCGCCGAAGGUCUUGGCUCCCACCAGAAAGCCAUGAAGUACUUGGGCCAGGACUUUGAGAGCCUGAGGCGACAGUGCUUGGACUCAGGAGUCCUCUUUAAGGAUCCAGAGUUCCCUGCGUGCCCGUCUGCCUUGGGCUACAAGGAUCUGGGGCCACACUCCCCGCAAACCCAAGGUGUUGUCUGGAAACGACCCACGGAAUUGUGUCCCAGCCCCCAGUUCAUUGUGGACGGAGCCACGCGAACAGACAUCUGUCAGGGGAGUCUGGGUGACUGCUGGCUGCUGGCCGCCCUUGCCUCCCUAACCCUGAAUGAAGGGCUGCUUCGCCGCGUGGUCCCUGGGGGCCAGGAUUUCCAGCAGAACUACGCGGGGAUCUUCCAUUUUCAGUUCUGGCAGUACGGCGAGUGGGUGGAAGUGGUCGUGGACGACAGGCUGCCCACCAAGGAUGGGGAGCUGCUCUUCCUGCACUCAGAGACGGGCACCGAGUUCUGGGGAGCACUGCUGGAGAAGGCCUACGCCAAGCUCAACGGUUCGUAUGAGGCUCUCACUGGAGGGUCCACGGUGGAGGGGUUUGAGGAUCUCACUGGAGGCAUUUCUGAGUUUUAUGACCUGAAGAAGCCCCCAGCCCGCUUGUUUCAGAUCAUCCGGAAGGCCCUCCGUGCGGGGUCCCUGCUGGCCUGCUCCAUUGACGUCUCCAGUGCAGCUGAAGCAGGAGCGGAGGCCACCACCUGCCAGAAGCUGGUGAAGAGUCAUGCCUACUCCAUCACUGGGGUCCAAGAGGUAAAUUUCCGGGGUCGUCCCGAGAAGCUGAUCAGACUCCGGAACCCGUGGGGCGAAGUGGAGUGGACAGGGGCUUGGAGUGACGAUGCCCCAGAGUGGAAUGACAUAGACCCCAGGCAGAAGGCGGAGCUGGAUAAGAAAGCGGAGGAUGGCGAGUUCUGGAUGUCAUUUUUGGAUUUCCUGGAGCAGUUCUCCCGGCUGGAGAUCUGCAACUUCUCCCCAGCCUCCCUGAGUAGCGAGGAGCUACACAAAUGGGACCUGGUCCUGUUCAAUGGCCGCUGAUGCGGGGCUCCACCCCUGGGGGCCACACCAACUUCCCAGGUCCCCAAAGAGGUAUGUGAGCACUGACUGGGGUGCCUUCCUUUGGGAAGAUGUGGCUUGGCGGCCUCAGAGGGAAGUGGGUUCUCCUACACACUCUGGUGAGCCAGUGACCCUGGCAGGUGGCAGAGAUGACGCUGGGUCCCACCCCAGUGGGACCUCCCCCCCCCCCGGGGGGGGAUAGUGGUGACGUUUGCCCCCGUGUGUCUGGUAGAGGGCAUGCCCCGGGGUCCUCUAGCCACAGGAACAAAUGUCCUGAUCUCUGAUAAGAAAAGGAAGCACCAACUUUAUCUGAUUGGCUUUGGGCCCUUCCAUGUUUCCUCAGUGACACAGCAUCGUGUCACACUUAAUAUCCAGGGUUUCCUGCUGAU